UAGCAGUGCUCGGCAGAAGCAAUUGGAAGAAAAUUAUUUAUUCUGGAAGUGCAAAAGCGAAUGCAAGUGCGAUAGUGCGGACGGAUAAGGAAGAAGGACAACAUAAAUCCGACAGUCCUUAUAAAUCGUUUCCUUUUUAUUUAUUUUUAAUAUUUUCGUUAUACACUUUUUACGCGAUCACUGUGUGCCGGUCAACGCUGAAGUAAAGUCCUAUAAUAUAUUUAUUAAACCCUGUGUUUUUCCUCUUCGCUUCUGAAAAUUUUUACGAGGACUCGCCAUGGCUAUGAUGAUGCGGUUGCAGCGACCGAUUACAUCCGGCAGCCGACAGGCUCCGGAUCCGUAUGACCAGUAUUUGGAGAGCCGUUGUCUCUACCGGAAGCAUACGGCACGGGAUGCCUCAAGCUUGUUCCGGGCGAUCGCCGAGCAGAUGUACGACACCCAAAUGCUGCACUACGAGGUUCGGCUGGAGUGUGUCCGAUUCAUGACCCAAAAACGACGCAUCUUCGAAAAGGACAUCCAUGGCGACUUUGAUAGCUACAUGAUAGACAUGUCCAAGCCGAAGACAUAUGGAACCAUGACAGAACUGCGAGCUAUGUGCUGCCUGUAUCGACGCAAUGUGAUUCUGUUCGAGCCUUACAACAUGGGAAGUAGCGUCAUCUUUAAUCGUCGCUAUUCUGACAAUUUCCGGGUCUUUUAUAACAACGAAAAUCAUUUCGAUUCUGUCUACAAAGUAGAAUACAUUGAAAAGGCUGCGAUUUGCCAGUCCAUCGCCUUUAAGCUUCUCUACAAGAUGCUGUUCAAGCUGCCCGACGUGAACUUUGCUGUGGAGAGCAUGUUGCACCCACACACCUUCGAGUGGGACGCGUGCGAUGAGGAGUUCGAUAACAAGGGCUACAUGAUCCACCUGCAAGCUUCCGAUGGUCGCAAGUUCAAGCUGGACUUACCGGAGCACACAAACUGCAUCCUGGAGAACUACAAGCUGUGCAAUUUCCACAGGAUUGCUGGAAACCAAAGCAAUAGUAAUGGCCGGAGGCCAGGAGGCGCCAGGCGGGACUCGAAGUCACAGCUGGAUCAUGACUCGUCUGGGAAUAAUGGCAGCGGAUCGAGCGACAUAAUGCACAUGUGUCCGAACCGAUUGGUGUCCUGUGUGCGCCAGCUGCUGGAUGAUGGCAUCACACCCUUUCCAUACAAGGUGGCCAAGUCUUUGGACCCCUUUAUGUACCGAAACAUUGAGUUUGACUGCUGGAACGACAUCCGCAAGGAAGCCAAGCGCUACAACGCCUACGCCAAUGACUACAACUUCAAGGUGGGAGCCAAGUGCCGGGUGGAAAUGGAGCACGAGUUGGAGCUAAAAACGUGCCACAUUCAAAAGAUCUCCAGAGACAAGACCCACUGCGUGGUCUUUGUGGAGAAGAUUGGCAAGAAGCUUUUGGUUCCCUACGAGUCCCUGCACCCCGUGCCGCCCGAUGAGUUCCGUCCGUGGACGCUCCCCUAUCGCUACCAGCGCCAGAUGCAGCACCACCGCAUGCAGCUGUCCAAGGUAGCGAGCAAGCCCAGCAAGAUGGCCAAGUGGAAGAAGACCAAGCUGUUCGAGAUCGGCCAGUAUUUCGAGCCCAGAAAGGUAGUCUUGGGGCCGAUGCAGGGCUACGUACCGUUGGACAACUGCUAUCGCGGGGUGGCCCAGAAUGGGGAGCAACGGGACCCAGAGCAGCAGAAUCACGGCGUGGAUCAUAGUCAGAGGGAGCAGAGCCAGCGGGAGGGACCCCAAAAGCCGCGGCAGCAGCGCACCAAGGAACUGAGGGUAUCGCGCCAGAUCUCUAAUGCUCCAAGCCAUAGCCACGACUCGGCCGCUUCUGCCGCUCUGCCGCCACCUACUCACUUUAUGAACUAUUUGCCCAUUAUGUCGCCAGGCCAUCACGGAGAUCCGGCUCCUCCAUCAUGGCCCGCAUCCCCGGUGGCCAUCUCUGAGGAGCUUCAAUAUCCGCUGGCCGGGCCUCCACCGCCACCACCAGCCGAUGGGUGCGUGUAUAUGCCUUUCAACGGCUAUGGCCCGCCUCCAACGGGUCCUUUGACUCUGCCAGGACCGCAUCCGUUCCUGCCGCCAUCGCAUGCAGCACUCAACACUCAAACAGCUGGCGGGGAACCCCGUCGCUCCCUUCAUAUGAACGGCGAAGAUCUGCCCGCAGAUGUGGGCACUUUGCGAUACUUUUACAACAUGGGCGUAGAUAUGCAUUUGCGGAUGUCAUCCCAUCCACCGACUCCUGAAGAGAUCGCCAUGAUGCACAACAACACGGACCAAUCGCCAUUGAAAAGCGCUGGAGCGGAUCGGCAGGCAGGUGGGGAGGCAACACCACCGCCUUCACCAGAAGCAGGCAACGCCGUGGACCAGCGGCCUCCUUUGGAGAAGGCCUACACGAAGCGCCACUCGAAUCCGAACAGGGCCCUUGGUAAGCGGUCCGAGCCGUUGCACGACCUGAAGGAUCCCCUAGGGCAUACAGCUCUCUUGCCGACACCCACGCCGACACCCUCGCCCACCACGAACGGCAGCCAGUUUAGUUUCUACAGCUCGCCGCCGCAGGCUGUUCCGCCUCCGCCACCGCAUCAUUUGGUGUCACCGCCCAGGAUGCUUCAGCAGCCCCAGCCCCCACCGAUCUUCUUUCACAAGGCGGCGGGACCGGGAAUGCCGUCACAACUGACAGGAGCAGCUGGCGGACAGAACCCCUAUGCCUGGGGCAUGCCACCGCCAACGUUGGUGGCCCCCCCAUACGAGAUGAUUGGCAAUUUACCCAUCGAACAGCCGCCGCAGCAGCCACAGCAACAUCAGCCGACGACCAUGCCGACAUCCCCCGCUCAGGCCCAGCCAGCAGCCGUCUACGCUGCCCCCCGUCAUCACUAACAGUGGGGGAAUAAAUACGGGAAAUCGGAUCAAACCGAUGAGAGGCGUACAUAUAUACACAACGAUUUCAAACGAACCGACUUUUUAAAACUCCAUUCUACUUUUAAAAAUCUGUAGUCAACUUUUUAAAGACACUUCCGCUUCUCAAAUGCGGACCCUGUAUACUCCAAAAAGAUCGUUUGUACAAACAAUGAUUGAUUGCAUAAUUUAAAGAGAAUGUCAACGCACUUAACUUCGUUUUAAAUUUGUAAUAUAAAGCAGUUUUAUAGGAUUUUAUCAAAACAUUUAUUAAUCACAUCAUAAUCCGUAAAAAUCGUAACCUAAAGGCAAGUGCAGGCUAAAAAAUGUAAGAAAAAAACCUAUUUAUAUGAUUUAUUUAAAAAAUACUAUCUAUACAUAUAUAUUCUUCCAUGUACAUACAUACAUAUCUAUAUGCUCCCUAACGCUGUUCAACUAGAAACUCAACCAUGUGGCAUGUACCCGAAAAUAACUGUUAAUAAAUCAAG